CUAAAAACCAUUAUUGCCUUGUUCCCGGCCCUAUCAAAAACCAUUUAUUGCCUUCCUCUCAUAUGAUCAAACAGAUAUGCAGUUCCUUUUCUCUCAAUGUACAGAAAAACUGAACCCUGCCCAAGAGCAGCUAGAAUGUGUUUCUAUAGCAACACACAGUACAUGUAAACUUUCAGUACCAUACUUGCCACAGGAAAACUGCUUUAAGAACAGUGAAACAUUUAUAGGAAAUUAAAUACCCAAGUUUUGUUGAGGAAAAUAAAUAUUAAGUGCGUAAAAAAAUCAUCAAUUUUUCCAAGAAAUUUUUUCCCCUUCUGUUAAAACCGGAACAGAAAGUAUUCAAAUGGAGACACUGGAGGGAUAUAAAUUUCAACGCACAUAUCAUCAUACACAGUGUGAGGCACUUUAUUCAAAGAGAACUAACUUACUGGAAAAAUAUAAGAAUGUUUCAAGCACCAGAUUACUCGGAGGAGGCUGUAUCAAUGAAGCUGUCAGAAGUUCUUGCUGAUAUAGGUGUGGAUACCAGAAUGGUACUAAAAAGGAGGAGAUCAAUGCUUCUGUUGCAAUCAAUAUUUAUGCAGUGUUCCAGGCUAUGUUUUAUAAAAAAACAUAUAACUUGUCCCUAUAUGAUGGGUAGUCAAGCAGAAGGCACAACUACAUUAGGACUAAACUCAGAUACUGACAAUAUUUACUGUCUUGACAUGUACCAUGUGAUACAAGACUGGAGUGACUGGCAACCUGGUGUAAUAAAUCUACUGAUGAUUCAAGAUCGUUCUGUAUCCCCAGGUUACUGUCGACUUCAAUUGUUAAGACAUGAUUCUCCUCUACCUAUGCGCUAUUAUAAAUGUAAGUCUAAAAACUCCCCAUGUACCAUUUACAGAAGAGACAGAUAUGGAAGAGUAUUACUGAAAAAUUCUUUGAUAUGUCAUAAUGUAAUGUAUAGAGGUCCUCAUGAAAGACCAGAAAGACAUGGGCCAGCAUUUACAUUGGAAUGCAAUCUUUGUGAGCAUGAUAACGUUAUUGCCCUUCCCUGUACAACAUGGCCGUUACAAGCUAGACAAUGGUUGCACCAACAAAGUGUUGGUCAAUGGCCUACUGAUGAAAUCAAACAAUACUGCUGUAGUUCUGGUUGUCUUCUUGUUGGAGUUGGUCGACAUGGCAGUGAAAAUGAGGAUCUUGAAUGGAGAAUAUCAACAUCUUUAGCCGAAAGAUGUUUAAUGAAUAAUCUAAACAUAACACAGAUUCGCUGCUAUGUCUUGAUGAAAAUGAUAAUAAAAACAUUCAUAAAUCCGUUGUUUACAGACGUAAUUUCUAGUUACAUGUGUAAGACAGUUUUGUUCCACUGUAUUGAAAAUACCCAGUCUAUCAUCUGGCAAGAAAAGAACUUAAUUGUAUGUUUAUCAUUGUGUAUCCAUGAUUUGUACACUAACAUUCUUAAUGAAAAUUGUCCACAUUUUUUCAUUCCUGGAAACAACUUGAUGAGAGGGAAGAUUACACCUGAAGUCAAACCUUUCAUACUUGAAAUACUUCAGCGUAUCAUCAACAGUAAUGUGGUAGCACUACUAGGAAUCAAGUGUGAUGAUCUUGGUACAAGGCUUCAGCUCAAGUUCAACAAUAUAUCAAUAUGCCCAUUCAGAACAUGCGAGGAUAUUUCAGUAAAACUACUACACCUCAUAGCAAUUCAGCUUUCUCGAGAGUCUACCUCAUUUAGCUAUUGGACUUGGGGACCUAUACAAGCAUUAAAGCAGAACAUUUCUGACAUAGUUAGUCUUCAAUGUCAUGGACUAGACAAGACAGCUCGCAAUCUUCUAGCACCAAGGGUCUGUUCAAGGCUAGGAUCUGUUUUAGCUUCCCGCAACAUACAACAGUAUAAUACAAUAUCAGCUGAGGCUCUUAACUGGAUCUCCCUUGGUCUAAACACUAAUGUUGCAUCUAGUAAACUGAAACUUGCCUCAAUGCUUUACUGUACAAGGCAGUUUGGAAGAGCUGAAAUUGUUCUCUGUGAUAUUGAAAGGCACUACGACCUAAACAUUGUUGAGCCAUUUUGUCCACAUCACGUUUACAGACUAACAAGAAGGCAAGCUUUUAAAGCAGUAUGUGAUCAAAAUAUUGAAGAAGCUUUACAAAACGCUACAGCAAAUUGUGUACAAUUUUGGCCAUGUGAAGUCUAUUGUUUUCCAAAGGAAUUAAGACAGGAAAUGUUUAGAUCUACAGAAGAGGACAAAGCUUUCAGAACAAUACGAGACUCCUGGAUGGACCAUGUUGAAGUGGAUUCUCUAACUUUCCUGUACUUUCUACAGUACAAGAUAUACAGCCAUCUCAAUAAACAAGAAGAUACACGCCUGGCACUCUCUAAACUUACCAGAACCAUUGAACAAGAACCAAACCUAGCUCACCGGGAAACAGCCUUGAAUUUAUUAGGGCAGUGCAUGGAACAGGAACACAGACCUAUAAAUGCAUUGCAGUAUUAUUCCCUGUCACUGAAUAUAAGAAGGAGAAACAAUGCUGCAAAGAUUCAUAUCUGCAGACUUUUGAGUAGACUUGUAAACAAUCAGUAUUAAAAACAAUACAUAGAUGAUUUACAGGACAUUUAAUGGCUUAUCUUUUAUAGUACACUCAUUCUGUACUAAGUGUUAAUGAACUGUAUAUGGACGAAUAAGUACUUUAUUGCCAAGUGGUUUAACUGCCAAUUUUGAAAUUGACAGUAACAAUAAAAUCCUUGUUUCAAGUAUCAAAUUUAUUAAAAUAUGAUAUAAACCUAGUGAUGAUGAGGGAAACAGUCAUUUCAAUUAUUAUAAAUGUUACAAAAGUAAUCAAAUACAAGUCUAUGUAUAGUCUUAUUUCAUAGCAUCAUUUUCACUCAUAUAUUAAUGCAAAACAUGAACAAACUGUUACACUAACAAGAAUGCUAAAACUUCUAGAUGGCAUCUCUAUGUAACUUUGUACAAUUAAUAUGAAUAAAUAAAUACAAUUCUUCAUGUAUUUCUUUUUUUACCAGUUGCCUGUAAUUAUCAAUUUCAACAAUGCUGUAAACAUUUGCAUGAUAUAGAAUAAAUAAAGACAAGAGCUGUCAAAAAGAAAGCAUGCUUGACUUACAAGUCUCAGUGCUUGAAAAUGUAGAAUUUCUAAGUUCAAAAAAGGGCCAUUAUUCUGUUAAAUUCCAUGUUAGAGUUAUUGGCCUUGGAUAUUGAUCUCUUACUUAUGCUCUUUAAAAAAGUGUUGGAAGUUUCAACCCAUUCUCUUCAUUAGUUUUGGAGAUAACAACUUGCACCAAAGUGUGAUGGCGACAACCAAACACCUGGGCUAGUACAACAGCUCUUCCUAAUACUUAACAUAGUUGAGC